AUGGAAGAGCUUGGUUUAAGUCGUGAACAACUUUGCAACGCCGACGAAUCCGGUUUAUUUUGGAAACUUUUGCCACAAAAGACGUAUGUCUCAUCAUUAGAAAAAAUGGCCCCAGGUGCAAAGAUGGAAAAGCAAAGGGUAGCGUUCUUGUGCUGUUCAAAUGCGACAGGAUCUCAUCAACUCAAGCUUCUUGUGGUGGGACACUCUAGAAAACCCCGUUGUUUUAAAGGUUUUGACUGCUCUGUUCAUUAUCGACAUUCUAAGUCCGCUUGGAUGACUGGUGCUAUCUUCAAAGAUUGGUUCCAUCGCUCAUUCAUACCUGAGGUUACAAAAUUUUUGACACAAAAAGGACUUCCAGUUGAAGCUAUCGUUUUAAUUGAUAACGCUCCAUCGUAUCCACCUGAGAAUGAACUUAAAAGUAAAGACGGCUCUAUUUUAACAAUGUUUAUGCCACCAAAUGAGAACCCCCCUAAUAACCCAUGGAUCAAAACGCAAUUAGGAUUACGAAACUUUAUUACAGAAACAGUCUUUUGGCUUCCGUUGCUGCAAAGGGGUGUGAUUUGCUAG